GCUCGCAACAAGUGGUGAAAAGUUUUCAGACCCCCCCUCCCCUGUAUGUUUUUGUUGGGGGAAAAGUUGUUGGGAGUUAGGUCGUGUGAAUGUAGCUUCCCCGUAUUUUUUCCCUCGCCUCUCGGUAACAGUGGGAAUGCGAGUUUUUACUCCAGGGAAGUCGAGCUUCGAGCAGGGUUUUUCCUCCCUACGUCCUCCGGCUCGGACCGAAAAUCUCGGUGGCCCUCAUCGUUUCACCUCUGCCGUCUCGUUAGCCACCUAAGCUAGCUCCGCCGCCAGCUAACUGCCCCACAAAGUUAUCGCUACCUCGCCUCACGGUGUGUGUGUAUUUCUUUCGGAAACUUCCAGGUCGGCAGGAAAAGAAGAAGAAAAAAGAAACCGCAAACGUAGAGAUGGCGGAAACCAAAAUAAUUUAUCAUAUCGACGAGGAGGAGACGCCGUAUUUGGUGAAGAUUCCCAUCGCUGCCGAAAAUAUCACUUUACUGGAUUUUAAACAGGUCCUGAACAAGCCAAACUACAAGUUCUUCUUCAAGUCUAUGGACCAAGACUUCGGGGUGGUGAAGGAAGAGAUUUCAGACGACAGUGCCAAGUUGCCAUGUUUCAACGGCAGAGUGGUGUCAUGGUCGUGCUCUAAUUCCAUCUGUAAUUGUGCUUAUUUUUACAGUCCCAAUGCAACAGGCAGCGUGGAGACUUUGGACGACCAGACUGAAACGGAGUCUGUAGUUUCUUUCAGGAGAGAGAGGCCUCGGCACAGAGAGAGCAUGGAACAACACGGCCCUCGUAUGAACGGCCAGAGUCGUCUGGAGCGCCACCUGGCAGGAUACGAGAGCUCUAGCACGGUGAUGAGCAGCGAGUUAGAAACGACCAGCUUCUGCGACUCUGAGGACGAUGACACGAUGAGCAGGUUCAGCAGUGCCACAGAGCAGAGCACAGCUUCGAGGCUUCUUAAGCGACAUCGUCGACGGAGGAAACAGCGUCCCCCACGUCUGGAGAGGGCCUCCUCCUUCAGCAGUGUUACAGAUUCCACGAUGUCUCUGAACAUCAUCACCGUCACUCUAAACAUGGAAAAGUACAACUUCCUGGGUAUCAGCAUAGUGGGCCAGAGCAACGAAAGGGGGGAUGGAGGCAUCUACAUUGGCUCCAUCAUGAAGGGAGGAGCUGUGGCUGCUGAUGGACGCAUUGAACCUGGUGACAUGCUGCUGCAGGUGAAUGACAUCAAUUUUGAAAAUAUGAGUAACGACGAUGCAGUGCGGGUCCUGAGGGAGAUUGUACACAAGCCAGGGCCCAUCAUCCUCACAGUGGCAAAGUGCUGGGACCCGUCUCCUCAGGGCUACUUCACUCUGCCUCGCAAUGAGCCGGUCCGACCCAUUGACCCUGCAGCAUGGGUCAGUCACUCCGUGGCCAUGACCGGGGCUUACCCUCCCUACCCAGGCAGUUCCUCCCUCAGCACCAUCACGUCCUCGUCCUCCGUCACCGAGACUGAACGUUUUGAUGACUUUAACUUAUCACUGCACUCUGACAUGGCAUCUGUCGCCAAAGCCAUGGCCUCACCAGAGUCGGGUCUGGAAGUCCGGGACCGCAUGUGGCUUAAAAUCACCAUUCCCAACGCUUUCCUAGGUUCAGACGUAGUUGAGUGGUUGUUUCACCACAUCGAGGGAUUUCAGGACCGCCGUGAAGCCAGGAAGUACGCCAGCAACCUGCUGAAGGCCGGCUUCAUUCGUCACACGGUCAAUAAGAUCACAUUCUCCGAACAGUGCUACUAUGUAUUCGGAGACUUGAGCGACUGUGAGAACUAUAUGGCCAAUCUGUCUCUGAAUGACAACGACGGUUCCAGCGGCGCCUCGGACCAGGACACCCUGGCCCCCUUGCCGCUCCCUGGGGCUUCCCCGUGGCCCAUGAUGCACACCUUCCCCUAUCAGCCAUACCCAACACAUCCCUUCUCCAGCCAGCCGCCUCCGUACCACGAGCUUACCAGUUACAGCUACGCCCCGGGCAGCACUGGCAGCCAACACAGCGAAGGGAGCCGGAGCAGCGGCUCGACGAGAAGCGAGGGUGAGCGGCGUCGCAGCAGUAAAGGCCCUGGUAGCACUGUGGGCGGAGGGGAGAAAUCCCCGUCCGGCGGUGGUGGAGAAGGUGGCGGUGCCGACUCGCGCUCCGGCAGCGGCAGCGAGUCUGAGUACUCGACGCGCAGCAGUCUGAGGCGCGGCCACGGUUCAGCCGCCCCCAGCGAGCACAGCCACGCCUCCUCCCAACGCUCGCAUCAUCACCGCAUACCCCAACCGCCCCACAUGUCCCCCUACCCGCCGGGAAUCCUGCCGUACAACCCCAUGAUGGUGAUGAUGGUACCCCAGCAUCCACACCCGGCCAUGGCAACCGCCCACGGCCUUCAGCACACGCAGCCGAUGGCGGCAGCUCCCAUGCACCCCGCGUUACCUCCACCUCCUUCCUCCACUCCUGGAGGACCGCCUGGUGCUCCGCCCACUCGUGACCUGGGUUCCGUACCCCCAGAGCUCACUGCGUCACGGCAGUCGUUCCACCUGGCCAUGGGAAACCCCAGCGAGUUCUUCGUGGACGUCAUGUAGUUUUUUUUCUCUUCCUUGUGUUUGGUGUCCGUUCAUGUGAAGUUAGUGUUCCCACUUGUGUCGACGAGGAUCUGAUGGUAGCUUAUUGAACUCGUGUGUGCCUGUUGGAGUCGGGGCGCUUGACACUAAAUUUGGUCGAACAGGGUUUUAAAGUAAGAACGACGAUAGGACAAAUCUCAAUUGAUCUAUGUAGAAAGUUUAGCUUCUCUUCUUCAAAUCCACUACAGAGCGCAGCCUGUUUUUAUUUUUCAGGCCUUAACCCAGGAGGUUAUUGUUUCCCUCCUACAGAAAACUGUACAAUAUUUAGCAUUUGAUCAUUACACUCCUUCAAACACUCACUUAAUAUUUUAUCAUGGGAAGACCCUUCCAGUUCAGCCACUUGCCCUUGAGCUGCCCAUCCAGAAACAACUGAGACCACAGUUUGGCACUAGAGGGCGCCAGGCACACCCAGGCACUCAGGCCAGAUUCAUUGGCUGCACAGGAGCAAAUCAAGUGCCUUUCCAUUAUUAUUUACGUUUUCACACUCCAGGUACAGCAAGCAUCUUUUGUUUCAGCAUUGUUUGACAGUGAGCCCCUCUGUAUAUAUCUAUUACUCCUGUGUAUAUGCAACUCUACAGACCAGCAAACUGUAAUGUGAAAAGAAAGAAAGGUCCAAAAAUGUCAGAAGAACUUGUUUUUAGUAAUCACUGUCUAGGCCUAGUCAUGAGAUAACUCUUGUUGUGAGGAAUGCGGGGUGGGGGUGUUUUUUUUGUGUCAGGCUGUAGAGGCUCGAUGGUACUCGUGGCACUAGACGUCCACAGCGGUACUUUUACCUACAUGCAGUGUAUAUCCUCAGUAACUGUGAUCCAAAUGCCCCAGCUCUCCAUGCUUAUUUUUAUGUUACUGACUCGCAUUAUUCACCCGUUCCUUUUUCUAUGUGUGACUAUAUAAAUCAUGUGUAACCCAACUAACUAUUAAGGUGCUAAAUGAAGAGUCAACAUUUCAGAAAGCUGACAUUUAUAGUGUCACAUUGCUUGAUUUCAUAUUGCCACCUUUGCUUGUGUAUUUGAGAAUAAAUUUGAUACAUACUUA